UUCGCUGCAUUGGGCCAGCCUGCGUUCACCCACCUUUACCAUGGAAAGGAUGCCCUAUGAGAUCAUCCACGAGUUCGUCUCGUAUCUAGACUCACGAAGCCUUCUCAAUUUGGCACUGACUUCCAGUCACUUCAACCAUGCCUGCUUGUCCGAGGCGUCGCGUCACCUCUGCGUACUCAACACCCUUUCGGCACUGUCGGGCCUGACACACCACAUCAAACAAACAACUCCGCUCACACGAGCUCUCACGGUGUAUCACGGCGAGUGGCCGAAGUGCGACUACAAAGAGUGGCAGCUUCACCCGCUCCAGGUGUACGAGGCGCACCCUUUUGUGUCGCAGUCUCCGUCGAAGAAGGAAAAUGCUUUGCAGGCCUUCCGACACUAUCGUCACUUCGUAGCGGUCGAGGGGUCUAGAAGUCGCCAUGGAGACAUCCGUCGACUGAACCAGAUUUUGAGUUCUCUGCCACAGCUCGAGCAGAUCACAAUCUCCCAUGCCUGUUCCCAUGCGCGGAAACCGAAGAAAAACGCCCAACUCACCCGACUGUGCCAACAGAUCUGGCUAUUUCCGGGCCGGAGAGGCUCAGUCGAUCGUCUGGUCGGUGACUUUUUGACAAUACUUCCCAACUACGCCCGUAUCCAGGAUCUCAAGAUUGAGGGCGAACUGAGGCUUGAGUCCAUCGGCCCUCUGCACGCGGCGCUGCGUUCGGUGACCAGGCUCGACAUCGGAUCAUUGAGCAUGGCAAACACCACUGCAACAACAUUCAAUGUCUUUCUGUCUUCGUUUCCCGCUUUACAAAAUCUCCACGUCAACUUCAGCCGCUGCGAUCCGCCCACUCUCAUUCCUCUCGAUCGCGUGCCCUGCCCUGAGCUUCGCUCCGUAUCUCUUGCCAACAUAUACUCGGUAGUCCGGCAGGGUUUUGGUAGAACCGAGGCGAGGAUUUCCGACUGA